AUGCGGAUAUCACUUAGCCAAAGUGAUGACACAGCAAUUCUCGAGGAGGCAUUUGCGCUGAUUGACUCCUACGAGGGAAUUACAAGUGCAAGAGAUAGCAGCAUUGAUAGCACUGGGAGAGGUAUGAUCAAAUCAAUAAUUCCAGCCUACUCAAAGGGAGCGUCGGAUCAAUUGAGAGCGAAGGACUUGGCAACCAAAAAGAAACGAACACGACGACCGGAGACGUCGUCCGUGGUAUUUCAACGUCGUAGAAAGACCGAGAUUGUUGACCUGCGUGCUGAAGUAGCCAAACUAGAGUCUCACUUGAAGUAUCUACAGCAAAAGUGCCAGAGCGUGUGGUAUCGAUAUUUGAACCGGAAUCGAAGUGACACAGUCACGAAGGACAGGUAUUCUGGGCAGCACUCAGUGGAGAUUAAUUGGGCCCAAGAAGCUGUGAAGCAGUAUCAGUGGUUGAACAGUGCAACAGAAAGCUUAUAG